AUGCAAGGUAUCUUGAAGCCGAAUACGACGAACGCGAAGUCAACGCGCAAGAAGACCUCGCGCCAAAAGCUCCUGUCGCACACUCGGCCAAACACCACUGCCACAAUAUCGUCCUCUAAUGGACCCAAUAGCGGCACUCAACCCACCCAGAGCAGCAAGCACACCCGCACCACAAUCAGAUCAUACCACACGCUUCAGAAACGACUGCACCAAGCACGGAAAGCAGCGCACGGCGGAGAUGCUGCGCUCAUCGCGUCUCUUGAGACCCAACUCAGCAACCUGGGCGGCCUCGAAGCUACCAAGCUGCGUCCACCACAGGCCAAACACCGCAACGCGGCGGAGACACGUCUCGGACGUAUGGGAACAGCUGCCGGUCAGGGGAAUCGAGAUAGUAAUCGCAAUGGGAUUCUGGUUAAAAAGCUCGGCCCGCCGCUAAGGAUACUGGAGGUGGGUGCGUUGAGUACGGCUAAUGCGCUGAACGUACCGGGUCAGACGGUGGUGCGGAGGGUUGAUUUGCGGAGUACGAAUCCCGGGAUUGAAGAGCGCGAUUUCAUGACCAUGAAUCCUAGCGAAAAAUGGCAAGGCACGGCGGGCUACGAUGUCCUCAGCUUGAGUCUGGUAGUCAAUUUCGUCGGGGAUCCAUCCGCGAGGGGAGAUAUGUUGAGGCAUACGACACGCUUCCUUCGGUCACCAGUUUCCUAUGCAGUCGGAGAAAGAGCUAAUGACGACGACAACGACGAAGACGGCGACGACGUGGACAACCACAACGAUGCAGACGCGCCAAAAAACAAUCUCCAAACAUUUCGACACCACAAAACCCACCGCUUCUUAGCGACCCUCUUUCUCGUUCUUCCCCUACCCUGCGUCGACAACUCCCGCUAUCUUACCGAAGACCGCCUGAUCGAAAUGAUGGAGAGCUUAGACUAUGUGCAGACCAAAGUCAAGCGGAGCUCGAAGCUUUACUUCUCCUUGUGGCGAUAUCGGCCGCAUGCACUUGAUCUGGGAAGAGCGCGGCAGCAGUUCAAGAAGGAGGAGGUGCGAGGGGGAAAGGAGAGGAAUAACUUCUGUAUUGUUUUGGAGUCGGCUACUGGCGAGCCACGUUCUACGCCAACGACUGUGCGACACUGGCUGGAUGAUUCUUCAGACGCUUCAGACAGUUCUGCUUCAACCUGA